ACAAUAUUGUUCCACUAUCGGAUAUUUGCAUUGACAAACCUGUAGAUAUCUUGAUCGAAAGCUGUUUUAGUUCCCACAAGACGUGUAUAUUAUCUAGUGUUCCUCACCGAUACUGUCUCAGACUUCACUCGACUACACGUCUUGUAGUGUCCAGACAGGAACAGUCUGAUCUAGAGAUCAACCAUGACUCCCUUCCUUCUACUGUUCGUUGCCUUGGCAACAGCGUCUCCAGUGAAGAGGCAGAUAACCCCCUUAGAUGCCAACGCAGACGGACUGCUCUCCAAGAGUGAAGUUCUCAACGCUAUGACUCUGCACGAGGCUCUUGUCGCCCUGGAUAGAGAUGGUGACGGGUUCAUCUACCAGGCUCAGAUCAUUGAGCUGUGGGGAACGGCAGAUCUGUUCCACCAACUCAACACCAACGGUGACGACCACCUCACAUUCACGGAAAUAGAAAAUUUUAUGACCCUGAGCGACUUCUACGACCAGUUUGACGCCGACGGUAACGGAAUUCUGACCGCUACCGAGGCUUACCAGCUGCACUAUAUCUACAACGUCAUUCACAACAACGUGGCGACCGACGAUCCACUGGAUUCUAACGGGGACGGAAAACUCUCCAAGCUGGAAAUCACAAGCCACAUGAGAUACAGAGAGGUUCUUGGAGCUUUGGACGUAGACGGCGACGGCGAACUCACUCCCCUGGAGCUGACGAUUCUUCUCGGAGGGCAGACCGGGCAGUUCGUUCUCGAGCUGGACACCAACAACGACGGGACCCUCAGCAUCCAGGAGGCACGCAACACGAGUCUUCGGCAGAUCUUCAUGAGACUAGACGUGGACGAUAGUGGCUACCUAGAGAAUGGGGAGGGGGCCGGGUUCUAUCCUGUGUGGAACACCAUCGUGGUCUCCGGUAUCACUGAUCCCAUCACUGGAUAAGCUGGGCCAAAUUGCAACUUCACCAGACGCGGCAAGGCAAAAAUAAAGACUGAAAUAAAAUCUUACAGUCAACGCAAAUCCU